UAUAUUCAGAGUGGCACAUUUUUAAUUUCACGAACGUUUUGAAAGCAAAUGUGUUAAUAUGUUGUAGUAUAUAGGUGUGUUAAUUUUAAAACUUCAUAAGCAAAGACUUUAAAUCAGUUAGGUUUAAAAAAUAAUGUGAAAGUGAAUCCGUAAAAUAUAUUUUUACCAGUUGACGUAUAACCUAUAAUUUGCCGCACGUGGUGCGUGCUGAAUAGUUAUUUAUUUUAAUUGUCAACUCGAAUAAGCUUAAAAAUGGGUAAAAAGACUAAAAUUGGAAAACAACGUAAAGAUAAAUAUUAUCAGUUGGCUAAGGAGACAGGUUAUCGUUCAAGAGCUGCAUUCAAAUUAAUUCAAUUAAAUCGUAAAUUCUCUUUUCUUCAAAAAUCUCGAGUAUGUAUCGAUCUAUGUGCUGCCCCUGGUGGUUGGAUGCAAGUAGCCAAACAAAACAUGCCAUUAUCCAGUAUUGUUAUAGGAGUAGAUUUAUUUCCCAUAAAAACAGUACCAGGUUGCAUUGGCCUGGUAGAAGACAUCACUACCACAAAAUGCCGUGUAGCUUUGCAAAAAGAAUUGCAAUCAUGGAAAGCAGAUGUUGUGCUAAAUGAUGGUGCGCCAAAUGUUGGUAAAAAUUGGUUGCAUGAUGCCUAUCAACAAGCUUGUUUAACAUUGAGUGCUUUAAAACUAGCCACUGAGUUCUUAAGACCUGGAGGUUGGUUUGUGACCAAAGUCUUCAGAUCCAAGGACUACCAUCCUUUGAUAUGGGUGUUGAAACAGUUUUUCAGAAAGGUUCAUGCUACGAAACCACAAGCUUCCCGUACUGAAUCUGCUGAAAUUUUUGUUGUAUGCCAAUAUUAUGUAGCACCCGAUAAAAUUGAUCCUAGGUUUUUGGAUCCCAAGCAUGUCUUUGAAGAAUUAGAAUUGGAGCCUUCGAAUAAAAUGAGUAUAUACCAUCCAGAAAAAAUUAAGAAAGCUAAGGCUGAGGGUUAUCCAACUAAUGAUUAUACAUUACAUCAUACAUUACCUGUUUCGGAGUUUAUUAAAUGUGAUGAUGCAGUAGAAAUUCUUCAAAAGACUUCAGAGAUAUCAUUUGAUGACAAAGAAAUAUUGGAACAUCCUAAGACCACCGCAGAAAUUAUGGAAUGCUGCAAGGACAUUAAAGUCUUGGGUAGAAAAGAAUUGAGGCAGUUGAUUACAUGGCACAAACAGAUACGUGAAUGGAAAAGUAGCUGUGAUAAAGCGGAUUCAUCUGAAGAGGAACAAAAACAAACAGAGGAAAACAAAACAUUAACUCUUGAAGAAGAAGAGGACCAAGAAGACGCUGCAAUACAAAAGCAAAUUCAAGAACUGCAGGCUGAAGAAGAGAAAAGUUUAAAACGCAAAAAGAAACGUGCAAAUAAAGAGAGACAACGCUUGAAUGAACGGCUAAAUUUAAAAAUGGUUUUGAAAGACGAUGAGGGUCCCACACUGGAAGAAGGAAAUAUUUUCAGCCUGAAACAAAUUCGUAGCAAUAAUGAUUUAGAAAAAAUGCAAGACCAGACGCCAGAUCUUGUGGCGGAGUCUGAGGAGAGUUCUGAUGAAGAAAUUAAACCUAAAAAAGUUAAAUAUGAUAAGGAGUCAUAUCAUCUUGAUAGCAAAGGAUUGCCAUAUGCGGGUUCUGAAAGUGAGAUUGAUCAAGAUUCUGAAUCUGAUGAUAGCGAUAGCUCAGUUGAUGGACUAGGUUUGGGUGAUUCUUCUGAAGAUGAAAAAUCUAAUAAACCUGUAAUCAAGCAAAAGAAAUUAAAAAAGGUUAAAGGUGAAAAAAGAACACAUCCUCUAUUGACCGAUUUGGAUGAACGUGAUGCAAAGGCAAAAAAAACACAUAAGGCUGAAUUAUGGUUUACUCGUGAUACUUUGCAAGGUCUUGAAGAUGAGCAGGAUGAAGAUAUGGAACUUGAUAGACUAGUAGAGGAUUAUAAAAGAAAAGGUGGAACCAUCAUAGGAGACAAAAAUAAAUCAAAACAUGACAAGCAUUCUGAAGAAUCAGAAGACUCAGAUGAUGAAGACAGUGAUUAUGAUAUUGAAGAAUUUACAAAGAAAAAGGGAAAAUCUAAGAAGGAAAACGAAAAGAAUGGUUUUGAAAUUGUUAAAAAGGAUUAUGGUCUAGAUAAAUUGAAAAAAUCUGGUCUACAUGAAAGUGAUCUAGCAUUAGGUGCUCUAAUGGUAUCGAGUGCUAAAGUCAAAAGAGAUUUAAUAGAUGAAGCUUGGAAUAGAUAUACAUUCAAUGAUGAUAACUUACCAGAUUGGUUUGUUGAAGAUGAAAAGAAACACAUGAGGAAGGAGGCUCCUGUUCCUAAGGAACUUGUUGAUGAAUACAAAUCAAAAAUGGAAGAGCUUAAUGUAAGGCCAAUAAAGAAGGUUAUUGAAGCCAAAGCUCGUAAGAAGAAGCGUUCUGUGAAGAAAAUGGAGAAGGCAAAACGUAAAGUUGAAGCUCUUAUGGAUAAUGCCGAUGUUUCUAAUAAAGAAAAGGCUAAACAAAUUAAGCAGCUGUAUAGGAAAGCAAAGGCUGAACCCAAGAAAGAUGUCACAUAUGUGGUUUCAAAGAAACAUAUGGCUGCAAAGAGACCAAGAAGGCCAGCUGGUGUUAAAGGCAGAUACAAAAUUGUAGACCCAAGAAUGAAAAAGGAUAUCAGAGCUAAUAAGAAUAAAGCGAAACGAGAUAAGAAAGUGAAAAAUCCUAAAAAGAAAAAAUAAUUUAGUUUCACUGAUGUACAUAUUUAU